ACCCCAACACCAGCCAUAAAAAAAAAAGCCAAACUGAACAUUUCUUUCCUCAACAACUCAGAGCACAACUCAGCGGCAGCAAUUUCUCUUUCUCACCCAUGCAUAGACAAUCUCUAGGCUCGCCGGUCUCCAAGCUCCACAUCCAUGGUGGCGAACUUUCUAAAGAAGAUUCUCGUCUAACUGAACUCGUUUCUUCAUCUUCUUCUUCACUGUCCGACGAUGAUCAAAGCAAGACGACGAAGCCUCGCCGCUUCUCUAUCUCGCCGCCACCUGCCUCAUUGUCUUCUCAGUUUAAAUCCGAAAAUCUCGUUCACGUCAUUCCUCUUCUCACUCUCUUUUGCUUUCUUGUCCUUUAUCUCUCCUCACACUCGCCUUCUCAAUCAGAUUUGGCUCAGUUUAACGGAUUCAAGCGGCCCUCAACGCGUAUAGAUUCCAGUCAAAUGGAAGAUGUCAACCGAUUUGUUGAGCUGCGGAGAGGCGAUUUUUUGGCGAUUGGAAGUCUCAGAAACUUACAAAAGAUAGAAAAGCACGCCCCAAAAUAUCGCCCCCACAGAAAAAUCGCCGAUUUUUAAUUCACAUUUCCCGUUUCAUAAUCUCUCUCUACUCUGCUGCAGCUCCGUCUCAUCACUCUCGCAAGCGAGAUAAUCUUCUUACAACUUUCCCACGUGUGAAAUAAUACAAAGUCGUUUUUUAUGACUUAUGAAACAUUUCGCUCGAUUUAUGACGCUUUUUUUACUGUUUUUAUUGUGUAAAUCUUAUGUAAAGGGAAAAAGAAAAAAAAAAUAGAAUUUGUCGAUAAUUUUAAUUUUAUGUUGAAAGACCGCCGUUUAACUGUCUGGGCCGUUUCGUACUGCAACCUUCUGUUCGGAAGACAGCUGGAAAGAUGUCGUGGUGGAACAGAGCGCAUUAACAACUCUUAAAACACUCUUCUGUGACUACUCUAACGGUCAAACAUAUGUUGGUUCGGUGAUGCCUCCAUUAUCUAUUUACACGUGUAAUUUAUAGUAUUGCAUUUUAAUUUAAGAUAAUUAAGUUAUUUUACAUUUUUCA